AUGGAUACCGGUACAGCCUCUCGGGCACGAGUAUUGUACAGUACUCGGGUGGGGUCAUACGGUGAGCGAGGGUACUUGUUCCAGUUGGUGUCACUUCCUACAGUAACCGUGCUUGCGGGCGAAGAGAUCGGAUUGAGGUGAUAACUCUUGAAAGGGUGCCAGAUCAUGGUUCGUGGAGGAUCAAUAGGGGUCUUCGUGGGAGUAUCGCAGAAUGUCUGUAGGGAUUCCAAGAUUCUAAGGCGGAUGAUGUAAUGAGAGGGAGGCGACAUUUCCAUUGGUGAUAUCAUACGAGUAGCUCUUAGUUGUAUCAUUACCAUAGUUCGUUAGCAGAAGGAGUACAGCAGGGUUUAUCCCAAAACGGCUUAGUGUUGGGUGGGUUGGA